CUAUACAUAUAACUCGUAAAUAUACACAAAAAUUUAGUUGUGAUCACAUCCUUAUUCAUUGCCUUGUUUAUUUCAACUUUAAAAGAUUUAAUGCUACAAAAUCUUUUUUAUAUGUUCAUAAAGAUCUAAAUAUAUAUUUCUAUAAUCUUUCUGGAUUCUUUUUUCUUUCUUCUCGUUAAUAUAAUUCUUGGAUUUUGAAGUAAAGAGAGAUGGCUCCAGAUCUAUCAAUGAUUCUUCCUAGGGUUCUUAUUGUCUCUCGAAGAACUGUUCGUAAGAACAAGUUUGUUGAUUUUGUUGGUGAAUAUCACUUAGAUCUCAUCGUGAGUUAUGGAGCAGCACCUGUUAUAGUGCCGCGAGUUAGUGGGGUCCACAUGCUACUAGAAAGCUUUCAACCAAUUCAUGGAGUCCUUCUAUGUGAAGGAGAAGACAUUGAUCCAUCACUUUAUGAUGCUGAAUUAUCUGGAUUUUCACAAGAAGAACUUGAAGAAAUCAAGAAACUACAUGCAAGUGACACAACAAUUGAUCGAGAGAAAGAUUCAAUUGAAUUAGCUCUUGCAAAACUUUGUCUUGAGAGAAAUAUACCUUAUUUGGGAAUUUGUAGAGGUUCACAAGUCCUUAAUGUUGCUUGUGGUGGCACCCUUUAUCAAGAUUUAGAGAAAGAAUUGUCCAAAAAUGAUGGCCAAAAGCUAUGUUGCUCGGACUCUCCAGAUAUGUUGAAGCACACGUGUCAGAUUAGAGGGUCCGACAAGCACCAGUCGACAGUAUUGAAGAGUUCGAGCGACAGAGGCCAGAAGUUUGAAAAAGUAGUGCACAUGAACUAUGAAAAUUAUGAUGGACAUAGACAUGUGGUAAAAAUAGUUGAAAAUACACCAUUACAUAAAUGGUUUAAAGAUUCAUUGGGAGAUGAUGAUGAGAAAAUGGAGAUUUGGGUUAAUAGUUAUCAUCAUCAAGGAGUUAAGAAAUUAGCACAAAGAUUUGUGCCAAUGGCAUUUGCUAAUGAUGGAUUAAUUGAAGGAUUUUAUGAUCCAGAUGCUUAUAAUCCUGAAGAAGGGAAGUUUAUUAUGGGAUUACAGUUUCAUCCUGAACGUAUGCGUGGACAAGAUUCUGGUGAUUUUGAUUAUCCAGGUUGUGCUAUGGCUUACCAGGAAUUUGUUAAAGCAGUAAUUGCAUAUGAGAAGAAGCUUAAUGGUUCUGGAAAUAUACCAAGAGGUGUAAAAUUCAACCAUGAAUUAGAGACCAAGAGAAAGAGCAUUGUUCGAAGUUUUUCAAUUGCAAAAAACAUGUAUAGCACUGGACGUGGCAGAAUUUCAGAAAAAGAGUCUGAGCUUGAAGCAGGAGCUGAAUUUCUUGAGGCAAACACAGCACUGAGCCUACAACAAGAGAACAGGCUGAAGCAAAUGGGAGCAACAGUGAGGAAUGCAUCAACAUACAUGAACAGAUUGAAGAUGAAUGAAGAAAGAGAGAGGAUGGCUAGGGCUAUUCUUGGAAAAAUGUCAAUUGAACAACUCUCAGAUAUGGUUGGUUUCUACCAUAAAAUGGGACAGCUUUGUUCUGAGGCUUUAGACAAGAAGUUCAGUGAGAUGGAAUUAGCUUGAAUUAUGCAUCUCAUUUUCAAUGUAAAAUUGUCUUCUUUUGUCUUUUUUUUUUUGGGACACAAUGUCCCUCCAUGUUUAUUGUUAUGAAAUCGACUUUUGUUUGUUUA